AUGACUGAGCCUGAUAAGACACGUAUCAAGUACGCCUUGAGUGGAAACUUAAAGAGCCAUUCGAGGACUCAUACAAAAGAAAAACCAUAUUCAUGUGAAAUUUGUAAAAUGACAUUUUCUCAAAGUGGACAUUUCAAAAUCCAUUUGAAGACACACACAAAAGAAAAACCAUAUUCUUGUGAAAUUUGUAAAAAAUCUUUUUCUGUGAGUGGAAAUUUGAAAGUUCAUUUGAGGACACAUACAAAAGAAAAACCAUAUUCUUGUGAAAUUUGUAAAAAGUCUUUUUCUGAGAGUGGAAAUUUGAAAGUUCAUUUGAGGACACAUACAAAAGAAAAACCAUAUUCUUGUGAAAUUUGUAAAAAGGCAUUUUCUCAGCGUGGACAUUUCAAAAUCCAUUUGAGGACACAUACAAAAGAAAAACCAUAUUCUUGUGAAAUUUGUAAAAAGUCUUUUUCUAAGAGUGGAAAUUUCAAAGUUCAUUUGAGGACACAUACAAAAGAAAAACCAUAUUCUUGUGAAAUUUGUAAAAAGUCUUUUUCUAAGAGUGGAAAUUUCAAAGUUCAUUUGAGGACACAUACAAAAGAAAAACCAUAUUCUUGUGAAAUUUGUAAAAAGUCUUUUUCUAAGAGUGGAAAUUUCAAAGUUCAUUUGAGGACACAUACAAAAGAGAAACCAUAUUCUUGUGAAAUUUGUAAAAAGACAAAAGAAAAACCAUAUUCUUGUGAAAUUUGUAAAAUGUCAUUUUCUCAGAGUGGAAGUCUGAAGAGACAUUUGAGGACACAUACAAAAGAAAAACCAUAUUUUUGUGAAAUUUGUAAAAAGUCAUUUUCUCAGAGUGGACAUUUCAAAAUCCAUUCGAGGACACAUACAAAAGAAAAACCAUAUUCUUGUGAAAUUUGUAAAAAGUCUUUUUCUGUUAGUGGACAUUUCAAAAUCCAUUUGAGGACACAUACAAAAGAAAAACCAUAUUCUUGUGAAAUUUGUAAAAAAUCUUUUUCUGUGAGUGGAACUUUGAAAGAUCAUUUGAGGACACAUACAAAAGAAAAACCAUAUUCUUGUGAAAUUUGUAAAAAGUCUUUUUCUGUUAGUGGAAAUUUGAAAAUUCAUUUGAGGACACAUACAAAAGAAAAACCAUAUUCUUGUGAAAUUUGUAAAAAGUCUUUUUCUGUUAGUGGAAAUUUGAAAAUUCAUUUGAGGACACAUACCAAAGAAAAACCAUAUUCUUGUGAAAUUUGUAAAAAGUCAUUUUCUGAGAGUGGAAGUUUGAAAGAUCAUUUGAGGACACAUACAAAAGAAAAACCAUAUUCUUGUGAAAUUUGUAAAAAGUCUUUUUCUGUUAGUGGAAAUUUGAAAAUUCAUUUGAGGACACAUACAAAAGAAAAACCAUAUUCUUGUGAAAUUUGUAAAAAGGCAUUUUCUCAGCGUGGACAUUUGAAAAUCCAUUUGAGG